AUGUCUGAUACAAACACUCAAGAAAAUAAACAACGAGGUUUAAAACAAGAUGAUUUUCGAAAGUUGCUACAAACUCCAAGGCCUGGAGACGCCUCGUCUAAAGGAGUUCUCGGCAUGGCAACCCCUAGGCAGAGGAUGUCUCCAGCAACGCCACCCGAAGUUUCGGACGUGGAUACUAAUGAUAAUAAAUAUCGUGAUCGUGCGGCCGAACGUCGAAAAGGUGCUAAUCCUGAUUAUCAAGAGACGGAGCAAAUACUUAAAGCCCUUAAUAAUAGUGAAACUUUAGAAGCGAAACUGAUUUAUGAACAAUCUAAAUAUCUUGGUGGUGAUACUGAACAUACACAUUUAGUUAAAGGUUUAGAUUAUGCAUUGCUUGCUAAAGUCCGUAAUGAAAUUACUAAAGAGGAAGGUAUUAAUGACAAAGUGGAAAAAGAUGAUGAUAUUGCAUUGGAAAGGAUUAAAGAAGAAAUGCAAGAGACUCCUAAAAUUAAUAGUCGGCUUGCCCAGAACAUAUAUGAUUUCACUAUGAUAGAGAUCAAAAAAAAGGCCCCUAAAGUAAAUGAAUUAUUUGUGGCGGGGAGGAUGGCUUACAUAUUUGAACUUGCUGAUGAGAUGGGCGGAUAUGGGGAUCCUUUCGCCAUUCCGACAACUGUUAUUCGUAGUAAGGCUGAUGUAAGUGAUUCUGCGGGUGUUGAUAAAUCUACAAAUGAUCUUGUCAUAGAAAAAAUUUCUCGAGUAAUGGCUUAUAUGCGUAAAGGUGAUCGAGCUAGUGGUGUAGAUGUCAAAGAUAAAAAGCUUAAGAAAAGGCUUAGAGAGAAACAACCUGCGGAAGUUACAAUGGUGAAACUUGCUGCUAUUGACGAUUCCGAAGAUAUAUUCGCUGAUGCAGGAAGAGAUUAUAAAGUUAUGAUCGAAAAUGAUAAUGCUGUAGAUAAAAAAGAUGUUACACCGUUACCCGCAGAUUCCUCAACUAGCACUAAUGUUGAAAAGACCAAGGAUUAUUUUAGUGCAAAUUCACAGGAAGUAGAGGGUGAAUCGAUGGAGAUUGACAAACCUCAAGAAAAUCAAACUUUAAAAACUUUAAUACAUCAAGCAGCGGCGGCAAACGGUGUCAAAAAUAUAGAUGAGACAUUAACUACUGAACUUGGUACUGAUAAUUAUAAAUCUUCAAAACGAGAUGGUAUUAAAAAGAGGUUAUUUGGGCAAGAUAGCUACGAAGGAGACUAUUCAACAUAUGGACUUGGAGUUAGUAGUUUAACAGGUACACGAGAAAGUGCUUACGAUUCUGGGCAUUCAGAUUCAGAUUCAGAUGGCACUGGCGUUGAGCAUACAAUCCGAGAUCAAGGGGUUACCAAGAAUAAAAAGGCCCAAUUAUCAAGGUGGGAUUUUGACACCGAAGAAGAGUGGCAAGCUUAUAAGGACAAUGUAACUGCGAUGCCAAAAUCGGCGUUACAAUUUGGGGUUAAAACAGGUGAUGGUCGUAAAACUCGAAGAAGUGGUAGGGAGUUGACAGAAAAGCAAAAAUUGGAUAGAGAUUGGCAAAAAAUUAGUAGAAUAAUGGAGCAAAAAUAUGGAACUGAAGAAGGUGGUGAAGAAGGA